AUGAGUUAUUCUUAUUCAUCUUUUGAAGAUGAUGGACAAUAUCAAACGGAUUUGUCGGAAGUUGCUUCAAGAAAUGCUGAUGAACAAGCCGCAGGGCAUCAACAACAACAAUUACAAUAUUAUCGUCGAGUACAAAUAGAAGAAGCAACAAGACAACGACAACAACGAAAACAACAACGAAAACAACUGCAACUGCAACUGCAACUGCAACUGCAACAAUCUAUACCCAUACCAAAUCGACCAAACCGGUCACCUCCUAAACCAAUAUUUAUUGAUAAAGAUGGUAAAUCAAUGUAUUUUUAUAUUCCUGAAGAUGAACCUAAUCGAAAUAAAUAUCGAGAUUUAAUAAUAACUCAUGGAGGUGUAUUAGUUGAAAAAUAUUUCCCCUCAAUUAUCCCAUUAAGUAAUAAUGAAGAAUUGAUUGGAUUUAUCAAAUUAACAUUUAUUGAUGAUUGUAUUGCUCAAAAUCAAUUACUUCCAGUAAUUGAUUAUGGAACUUAUGGGAAUCCUGAAGAUGCCCCAUUUGAUGCAUCAUCAAUAAUUGAUGAAUUUCAUAGUGAUUUGACUAAUGGUAUAUCAUCACUGUUUGGACCAAUAGAAGGAACAAGUACAAGCUCUAUGGUUGGUCCUCCUCCUCCUCCUCCUAAUCGUCGUACUGUAAGUGCAUUUCCUAAUGCUCAAAUCAAUCAUAAUUAUAAUAGUAGACGUGGAUCAACGGGUCAUAGAUUUACUAUAGAACAAGAUGAAUUUAUUCUUGAACAAGUUCGAAGGAAACCUCGAUUUAGACAAUCACAAAAAUUUUAUCGUAAAUUAGCUGAAUUAGAACCUUUAAGAGGACAUACAGGGAAUUCAAUUCGAUCAAGAUUUAGAAAACAUUUGGAAUCAAGAUUAAAUUAUAUUUAUAAAACUAAUGAUAUGGAUGAAUUAAUUUAUGAUGAAGCAGGGAAUUUAAUUAAAAUUGGACUUGAUCAAAUGCCAGGAACUCUUAAAAAUAAAUUCAUCCCACAAGAUGAUUAUAUUCUUUGUUGUUAUGCAUUAAAAUAUAUGGAGACAACAAAUACUGAUUCUUCAGCUUUACCUUAUUCAUUUUAUGAUAGUAUGUAUAGAAAAUGUCCUAAACAUACUUUACAUUCUUGGAGAGAUAGAUUUCGGAAAUUUAUUCGUGAUAAAACUGAUCUUGUUGAAUAUAAAGAAUAUUAUGAGAAUUGUGAAAAAGUAGGUAUGACUCCUAGAUGUUUAACAAGAAUUGCUCCAUAA